AGAAAAUAAUCUAAAAGGUAAUUGGAGAAGUCGCCCAAAAUGGGAGUCAAAGUUAUUUUAGUGGUUGCCAUGAUAACAGCAUUAGCAACCAAAUGUGAAGCGCUGACGGAGACCAGAGUUGAGAGUAUAAAAGCCCUGAUAAGUGCUCAUAUAACUGCUAAGGAUGUUGAUAAUAACCCUGGAACAUCUCUGUUGGCCGGUGUUGUACGCCUUGCAUACACUGACUGCAUCGGAGGAUGUGACGGCUGUGUCAAUGUUGCUGAUGAGAAAAACGCUGGACUUGAACAAUACAUUGAUCAGCUUGAUGAAUUCUAUGAUCCUGAUUAUACACAGAUUAUGUCCCGUGCUGAUUUAUGGGCUCUAGCCGCCAUAGUAGCUUUAGAAGAUGCUGCAAAUAAUUGUAAUGGUCCAAGCUGCGGCACACCAGAGGUUCCAACUAUUACAUUUAGGUUUGGACGUGUUGAUUGUGCAGAAUCUCCAAAAACAACCACAUCGCAAACGAUCCCCGAUGCCCAUAAUGUUGAGACUGAUGAAUUCACAGUAUUGGGUAAUGCUAAUGACCUAAAUCUAUCUGAUGAUGAAAUUGUAGCCCUGAUGGGUGCACAUACACUUGGAAAAGCACGCAAAGCAAAUGUUGGGUUCAAUGGAGCAUGGGUACAGAAAAAAGCACUCCUUAAUAAUGGCUAUUAUGUUGAUAUGAUAGACUCAAGCCUGGGUUGGACACAAAGUGAUCUAAAUGCAGGAAAUAACAGAGCAGCAAGAUGGCAGUGGGAUCAAGGGCAAAGAAUGAUGCUUAACACAGACAUGAACCUUUAUAAAGAACUAGACCUCUCCGCAAAUGAUGGCAGUUCAGCAUGCACCUACUCAUCAUGUCCUGAUGCCAGUACGAAAGCAAAGGUGGAAGCUUAUGCAGCUAGCAACACACUAUGGAUUAGUGAGUUUGGCCCUGCCUUUGAGAAAAUGAUUGAAAACACAGAUGAAACCCUUAAAGACCUCUACACUACUUUAACCACAACUGAGGUUGAUGCUAUCAGAGC